AUGCCACCCAUCGAAGAUUGCGGGCCAUCCCCAGCCACAAAGCUACGGAAGCUGGACACCACGCAGCAAAAUCCGGUGAAUCUGAAGCUGCUGGGAGUGGACAUCGUGCUGCCCAAGCAAAUUGCGAGUCACGAACACCUAUCCUCCUUUCCAGAACGUCCUCGCGAACUACCAGCCACAAUUCCCGACCACUUCGUGAAGGACACCCUGGCAGAAUUAAACACGCACCCGCGAGACAGAAAUAUCAGCUUCCAAGCAGACGACCACGUAUACUUCUGGAAAGGAAAGCGUGUGUCCAAAUCAGUCACCCAAUUGGUUCACAAAUUCACCGCACCGUUCUGCGAAGAACAGGUCAUCAGUUCAAUGCGAGAAAGCUGCAACUGGCCUCGUCCCGGCUACCUGAAGACCACGCUUUCAGAAAGCCAGAAGAACAAGCUGCAGAAGAUACCCGGCGGCAAAGAACUUCUCGCGGAGCUCCAGCGACCAGAACGAGACGAACUCAAAGUAUGUCGUCUGGCCUUCAAACUGCGUGCAAACCACGCGAGCAAUCCAGAUAAGGAUGCAGAUAUAGCAUGUGCUCUGACAGAACUCGGUCUCUCUCGGGAAGAAAUCAUACACAAGUGGGAGAAAGCACGACAGGAUGGAGCAAAAGAAGGCACAUGGAUGCACGCACAAUUCCAGUGGCUGCUCAAUGGUGGCUCAGUUCCCGCAAAAACCACCGAAGUGUUCCUCCUGUCACAAUUUCUGCGGUUGCAAGCCAACACGAAGGCGUUCCGAACAGAGUGGCAAGUCUACGCGGACAGCGAAGACCUGGCUGGCAGCAUCGACUACGUGGCUAAAAGGCCAGACGGCAGCGUAAUCAUCGUGGAUUGGAAACGCACAAGUCCACAUCGGCUCCAACGUCAGACUUGCAACAAGUUCAUGCGAACGCCACUGAGCCAUGUCCCCGACUGCACCCUGUGGCAUUACCGCCUCCAGCUCAACGUGUACAAGUUCAUACUGGAACAGUACUAUGGAGAAGCCGUUUCCGACAUGUACAUAGUGGGAACCAAUCCCGAGUACAGAGACCAACCGUUCAUAGACAACGUUCCCACAAUGGACGUCGAGACAAAGACUCUCCUAGCGAACGUGCGGUGA